AUGACGCAUGGCUCGGAUACUCGACGGUUAAGCGUUCACGUGAUGAGAGAUGGCGAUACAUUGGGCUUUGAAGUACGUCAUGACAAGCAUAAGAGAGUACAGGUGUCACAAGUACACGAGAAAGACGUACAGUUGCGUGUAGGAGACACGCUCUUGUCUGUCAAUGGGAUCGACCUCACAGGUCAAGCAUUGUCAAUCGUCAUACAGCACGUGAAAGUCACUAAAACGAGGGAGCUAGUGUUUGACAUUGAAAGGCACGAGUCAUCAGCUUGUACUGAAAAGAUUGUUCCACAAUCACCAAAUGCUGCCUCUGGAGCUACAAGUGGAGCAAUGUGUCAUGCUGAUAUUGUAGCUCUAGAGGCCGAAGUGCUGCCAUUUCAAGUGAAUAAAGUCAAUUCCGAGACAAGAGGGAUUCCAAGGACUUUGACGAGUGAUGCCUCAACAAAAACUUCUCGUCUUUUGUCAAUUCCGGUACCUGCAGAUCUUCCAGUGAUUUGUGCACCACAACCACGGAAACGAGCACGACCACUGACUGCUACACUAGUAGCUGAUUUAAAGAAAGAGCGGGCUGGAAAUGCAGCAUUGGAAGAGAAAAAUGCAACACUUCGAAAGCGGUUACAACGAAUGUUGAUUGAAAAUGACGAAGUGCGUGUACGAGCAAAAAAUGAAGUUACAGCGGCGCAGGAAAAAGCAAAAAUUGAGAUUGCAAAUGUGCAAAGUCAGUUGGCGGCUACACGAGCGCAGCUACGACUCCAAGACCGAAGUCCUCAUGUGGCGCGGACAGAUUCUAUCUUGAACGAGCUCAACAUGUACAAGGCACAGCUGGAGCGUCAGAAAAAGACAGAGAUGGAGCGGACAAAGAUGCUGACUACUCGGUAUUGGGGUGAAUGCCGGAUCGCUAUUAAAGACGCACGGCGUGUCCUGGAUUCUAUGGUAGAGAUGUUCCGGUCAAAACUACGACUAGUUGGGCGUAUGAGAAAGGACGGCACAACCAAGCCUGAACUGGAAGUUACAUGUGAUGGUGUGCGGCGUCUUACCUUCAUGAAACUAUUCAAUUUGGCGCGCGAGGUUGCGUUUUACAUGUCAGCUGCAUUUCACUCUCAAGACCCUGUGCACCACACACUCGACCAAGGCCAAUUUGUUGACCUGUUUGGCGAUUCUUUAUGUCAUGAAGAGCGUGCAGGUUUUUUCUACGUGGCCAUCGCGCCUAUGGUCGUUGUGUUUGAUCCAAGCGUUGAAAGCGUAAGUCUGAAGUGCAAGUGGACAGAGAAGAGCGUGCUCCGUGACAUUGCGCGCAACGUCCGAUUUUGA